AUGGCUUCCACAAAGCAACAAAAAAUUGCGGAGUCGCUUUUUAUCCUGAAUCACCGACAGCUGGGUGUGCUAAAUCGACUAUAUGUGAUGAAAUGCACCCUCGGCGACCCGGCCACUCGUCCAAACUUCAUGCCUGGCGUAGACAAGGCCUUUGACAGUGCCUGGAAGACACUGCUCAAAAAGUUCCCCAAUUUCGAUACCAAGACGGCUGCCUCCACACUUCAAGUGUUUACCUCACAAUCGGAGAUUGUAAAACAGAUGUCCGGAUUCUACUACAACCUUGUUGACGUUCUGGAGGUGAAGGAUAAUGUACUCGACCUGCUACUCCGAAUUACCAUCUCUGGCGUUAAACUGGAGAUUACCGUUAACUCCGAACUAACGCGUCUCUAUCUGGAGUUGAUUACUAACUACUUUUCAAUGAUGUAUUUCCUUACAUGCUUGCCAGACCUGAAGGCAAUCCUCGCGUUGUUUAACUUCCUGUACGAGCAGGCAAACGGAAAGACAGAGCCCAGUUUUCCGAGAAUGGUUGAGCGCUUUACUGACGCACCGGAGGCAAUGAUUAAGAAUUUACAUCUCGAUGUCAAUGCACACUCGCAAAUUAUUGCGGGCGCGCUGGCAUCCCUGGGUGAUCUCUUUGGACGGCGCUUAGUUCGAGCCCAAAAUUGGCGUGAUGGCCUAUUUCUGGACAUUUUAUCAGAACCCGCAAAGAUAACGCACACCGCUCUCAGCGAUCAACUCUCCUGUGAGCUUCUUCCCUACGAGGUUAUGGAACGGUGGGUUAUAUUUGGCUACCUGGUAAUAUACCCGACCCUGACCGAGGAUGAUGAUGCUUUCAGCCGACUUCGAUUGGCAUUGCGGAACAGUUAUGUCGUGGUACUCUACCGUGAUGAGGUAGUUCACGUACACAGUCUCCUGACGUCCUUUUUGGAGACUGUUUGGACUGCGAGGUCCACAUCGAAACGACUAACAGACAUCAAGGAGUCUCUCUCGGUUGCCUGUUCUCAAGCCCCUGGCGUGCACUCAGAUCGACAACUUCUGUUCUACAUGGAAGACCUACGCAACUUGUUGCGAACCUAUUCACCAGUCAUUCAGCGUUUCCAUGUUCAGCUGUUGUCCUCCUAUGAUGCUCCAGGCUUGGAAGAAUACUUACGCCCCGUCCUCUCUCGUCUGCCGAUUGAAGAAGUGGAGAUGUUUAAUGGUAUGUUGACACAUUUGCAUGAUGUUGGUGAGGGUCGCCAAACUCUGGACAGGAACGCACAGCUGGCACUUUGUGAUUUCUCCGGCCUACGUCUAGAUUGGCUGCGUUUACAAGCCACACUCUCAGCCAAGGAUUCGCCUCUCAACUUAUCCUCACACGAUUUGUGCCCCAAAGAGCGUUUUGCCAUCGGCUGCACCUCCGCGGCGCUGGCGAAGAAGUUCUGUUCUGACCUCGUGGAUGCGAUCUGCAUCUGUCUGUUCAACCGCAUGGACGAAAUCUGCGCCUUGGUUCAACAAUUGGCGCCACAGAAUGCUGUGGCCUGGCUGCCUGAGGAGAUGUUAGGAAAGAAGCGCGAGGCGGCCAGUAAGUCCGCCGCUGAUCACAACGGCUAUGGUACAAUGCGGCAGGGAUCAAAGAACUCGACGUCCAAUACAGGGUCUGGAGGCGGUAAGGGAGCACCUCCGAUUGUCAAAAUUACGCCCGGCGCCGAGAGUUUCCGCCGAGAUCGUGCCGAACAGACCCAGGGUGAUAGGACUCUGUUCACACUUAGCCAACUCUGUUUCGCACUGACCUACCGACGAGACAUUCAACUCCCCGGUGAGGUCUUUGAUCCACGGAUGAUUCUUCAGACAGAGCUGCAGUCGAGGCUGUUUGAAGGCUUGAAUCCUAAUAUACAAGUCGGGUAG